AUGUCCAGGGUGGCCUGCUGUGAUCCUGAGAGCUAUGGGUUGCCAGGACCAGCUCCUGCCUUCAGGAUAUUGAGUCAUUGUGGUGGCCAGCUGAUUGUAGCACUCAUCCCCGAACACUCAUGCAGGGGUAGAAGACUCCGGAAACAUCUCUCAGGUACACGGCCCAAGCAGCCCAUGGAAUUUCAUAACCUGAGCUCUCCCUCUCUCCUUCCUUCUCUCUCUCCCUCCACUCUCCCUCCCUCUCCCUCCCCCUCUCCCUCUGCCUUCACCACUGCCUUGGGAUCACCUGGAGAGACCUCGGAGGCUCCCUGCCACCCAGCCUCUUCCCCCACCGUGUAUGCCUUCCUGGCGCCCAUCCUGUGCGUGGAGUUUGUCCUGGGCCUGGCGGGGAACAGCUUGGCACUCUUCAUCUUCUGCUUCCGCACGCGGCCCUGGACAUCCAGCACGGUGUUUCUGGUCAGCCUGGUCAUUGCUGACUUUCUCCUGAUCAUCAACCUGCCCUUUCGCGUGGACUACUACUUCCUCCACGAGAUCUGGCGCUUUGGGGCCACCGCCUGCAAAGUCAACCUCUUCAUGAUGUCCACCAACCGCACAGCCAGCGUGGUCUUCCUCACGGCCAUCGCGCUCAACCGCUACCUGAAGGUCGUGUGGCCCCACCACGCGCUGAGCCGGGCCUCAGUGUGGGCAGCCGCCAGGGUGGCAGGGGGACUCUGGGGGGUGAUCCUCCUCCUCAACGGGCACCUGCUCCUGACCGCCUAUUCCAGCCACUCCUGCCUCAGUUACCGGCUGGGCACGAGCCCCUCAGCCUCACUCCGGUGGCACCAGGCACUGUACGUGCUGGAAUUCUUCCUGCCGCUGGCACUCAUCCUCUUUGCCAUCGUGAGCAUCGGGCUCACCGUCCGGCGCCGCGGCCUGGGCAGGCAGGCGGGCCCACAGAGGGCCAUGCGCGUGCUGGCCGUGGUGGUGGCCGUCUACACUGUCUGCUUCUUGCCCAGCAUCAUCUUCGGCAUGGCUUCCAUGGUGGCCUUCCACCUGCAUGCCUGCCGCACCCUCGACAUCUGCUCGCAGCUCUUCCACGGCUCCCUGGCCUUCACCUACCUCAACAGCGUCCUGGACCCUGUGCUCUACUGCUUCUCCAGCCCCAAAUUCCUCCGUCAGGGCCGGGCCCUGCUGGGCCUCCCCCAGGGCCGGCAGGACUCAGCCAAGGACGACGAGAGCUCCUACCAGUCGCCUGCUUGGCGCCGGGAGGCCUCUAGGAAGGCGGAGGCCGCAGGGAAGCUGCAGGAGGCCGUCUCGCUGGAGGUCUCCCUGGCGUAA